AGCUCAGUGGGGAGGGUCCCAGAGUAGUUUUUAUGCCUCUGCUUUCAUUCACUGGUUGCUCAGUGGCCCUUGAUCAGCCUCGAUUUAACUGCUGCCCGGCUGGCACAGGUGGUGCUUUGAGGAAUCAGUGAGAGCGCUGUUGCAACAGCCAGCACCAUGUGGAGGAGGCUCCAGACUGCGACGCUGCUCCUCAUCCUCUGCUCUGGGAGCUUGGAGGCCUGGUUCUGGGGAACCACGGAUGAAGAAACAACGACAGAAGCGGUUACGUUUGAUGCUACCACUUUAACCUCUUACACAGCGACGAACAGCAAUUCUGUAGCAAUGACCGCCAGUACAACAGAAGAGGAUGAAGGUUCUACAACCACAGCUAGUAGUGCAAAGAUGGAACUGGAAGAUCCCACCGUGACCAGCUGGGCAAAGGAGGAGGAGGAACUUACUACAAUGCCAUUCAGUGGGGCAAAGGAGGAGAAAGAAAAUGCUACAAUGACGGCGAGCAGUGUAAAGAUUGAGGCGGAAAGUCCCACCAUGACAACCAGUCGUGCACAGACGGAGGUGGAAGGUGCUACAAGGACAUUCACUGGUGCCAGUGAAGAGGAAGAAGGUACCACCAUGACAGUCAGUGUUAUGAAGGAAGAAGGUACCACCAUGACAGUCAAUGUUGUGGAGGAAGAAGGUACCACCAUGACAGUCAGUGUUAUGAAGGAAGAAGGUACCACCAUGACAGUCAGUGUUAUGAAGGAAGAAGGUACCACCAUGACAGUCAGUGUUGUGGAGGAGGGAAAAGAGCCUACAAUGACAGCUAGCACUGUGAUGACAGAGGUGGAAGAGCCCACUGUGACACCCACUGUUGCAAAGCAGGUGGAGGAAGGUGCUACUACUACCAGCAGUGUAAUGAUGGAGGAGGAAGGUUCUACUAAGACUGCCGCUGGUGCAAAGGUGGAGGAAGAAGAGGAGGAUGACAACUUGUCCGGGGUUGGGGAAGAAAUCAUCAACGUGGCCACAGGCAUCCGUAAGUUUGUCGAGGUGUGGGACGCGACCACGACCACCUGGACUGUUAGUGCCGGCCUGACGGAGAAGACGGAGAAGUCUGACGUGACGAUGAAGCCAGAAAAGAGCGGCAUCUCUUUACUCCAGUUGAUUGGAGAACCUCCACUAGAAGAGUUCACCGCCGCCUAUGGGCCAAAUGGGGAGCCUGCCUAUCGGUUCACUCCUUCAGUGGUCCCGGGCCAGCCAGCUCUGGUCCAUGUCCCCAGCCCUUUCUACCGCCACUUCUCCCUCCUCUUCCAUGUCAAGCCCUCCACUCCUGCCGCCUCCAUCCUUUUCUGCAUCACAGAUGCCACCCAGAAGCUCAUGUAUGUCGCCGUCAAGCUCAGCGCGGUGAAGGCUGGCCGUCAGAAGGUUCAGUUUUUCUACACCGAGCCUGACUCUGAGGCUUCGUACGAGGCUGCCAGCUUUGAGGUGCCGAGCAUGGUGGACACCUGGAGUCGCUUCUCGCUGUCAGUCAUGGAGGAGCAGGUGGCCUUCUACCAUGGCUGCGACUCUGAGCCACAGGUGGUGAAGUUUGAGCGCUCGCCGGAUCCCAUGGAUCUCGACCCUGCAUCGGGGCUCUUUGUGGGUCACGCGGGAGGAGCUGACAGUGACAAGUUCCUGGGUGACAUGGCAGACCUGAGACUGGUGGGAAACCCUCGGGCAGCUGAGCGUUUAUGUGACUAUGAGGACGACUCUGACGCCGGCUCUGGUGACUAUGGCAGCGGCGAUGGUGAGAGGAGGCAGAUGGGAGGCAGCGUGAAGACCACCCCUCCACCUUUCCGUCCACUGCCUGAACCUCCGCUGAUUUCCUCACACAUAAACACACUCGCACAAACAGAUGUCAGGUAUCAGCCCUCCGUGGAGUACAGCAGGCAGGACUUCAGCAAGCCUGGAUUAUUAGGCUCAAGAGGUACAAUCGGUGCUAAAGGUGAAAAAGGAGACAGAGGAGAGAAAGGCUCAAAGGGGGACCAGGGCCCUGUAGGAGCAAAGGGAGAUUCAGGUAUCAGCUCUGGCUCUAAUUUCUCUGCACAGGGUGGAGUCCAAGGACAGAAGGGUGAAAAAGGUGAAAAGGGUGAUCUUGGCAAAGGCUACGCUGGUAAAAAAGGAGAUCGUGGGGCUCAGGGGCCUCCCGGACCACCUGGUCCUCCAGGACCUGCAGCUGAGGUGGUCCGACUUGGAGAUGGCUCUAUUGUGCAGCAGAUGGCCGGACCCCCUGGACCACCAGGACCGCCAGGGGUGGAUGGGCCUGCAGGACCUCCAGGAGCUGAUGGGGAGCCUGGUGAUCCAGGAGAGGAUGGAAGAGCUGGUCCUCCUGGGCUGCAAGGUGUUCCAGGAAUUCCAGGAGUUCCUGGUGCCAAAGGCGAAAAGGGUGAACGUGGAGAGGGUCAGCCUGGACCCAGAGGCCCCCCAGGUCCACCUGGACCUCCUGGACCUGGUACUGGUGAUCGUCCAACAUUUGUUGACAUGGAGGGCUCGGGAUUCCCAGACUUGGAUAAAAUCCGGGGUCCACGUGGUCCACCGGGUCUCCCAGGUCCUCCUGGCCCUCCUGGGAUCCCUGGUACUUCAGUGGCAGUGGGCCUUGAUGGUCCAAUAGCUGUUGGACCUCCUGGACCACCUGGGCAAGAUGGUGCUCCGGGAUUGCCAGGACCCCCUGGUCCUCCUGGUCUACCUGGUCCACCUGGACCUGCAGGAGGAAAGGGUGACAGUGGUGACCUCGGUCUUCCAGGACCAGCUGGAGAAAAGCAAGACACGCAAGGCUCCAGCUUUUUCACCGGCUUGUUCUCUUACUUUACUCCAUCCUCUACGGGCUCUCAGGGUGAACCAGGACAGGUGGGGACAUCAGGACAGACUGGUCUGGCAGGGCUUCCAGGUCCAAUGGGACCGGUGGGACCACCAGGGCCCCCCGGACCACCUGGGCCACCAUAUCGCAUUGGCUAUAGUGAUCAAGAUGGAUAUGAGGUACUCAGUGAUCUGCCUGGACUCAGAGGCGAACCUGGACCACAGGGCCCACCUGGUAUUGCGGGUCAUCCUGGAAAUCCAGGUUUACCAGGAACACCUGGUAGCAAAGGAGCAGAAGGACCACGAGGACCUCCUGGGAUCCCUGGCGUAGAUGGUUCAACUGGAGAAAAAGGUCCAAAGGGAGACAGAGGCGAGAAAGGAGAGAGGGGUUUGCCAGGAAGAGAUGGUGGACCACCUGGACCUCCAGGCCCUCCUGGACCUCCAGGACAGAUCAUCUACCAGCCAGGAGGAGAUUAUAACGACCUUUAUUGGAAUGAAGCAGGGCAGGUUGGACCAGGUAUUCCAGGCAGGGCAGGAUUCCCAGGCCCAAUGGGACCAAAAGGGGAAAAAGGGAACCCAGGGCCACCAGGAUAUGCACCUAAGGGAGAAAAAGGAGAGCCUGGUGUCAUCAUGGGGCCUGAUGGGAGACCUCUAUCCCUGGGAGGCUUGACAGAACAGCCAGGUGAGAGAGGGAGUCCUGGCCCAAUGGGAUUUCCAGGUCCACAAGGUCCUCAAGGCCAGAAGGGGGAGAUUGGUUUUCCUGGCCGACCGGGUCGACCAGGACUAAACGGUGCCAAAGGAGAGAAGGGAGAUGCGGGCAGUGGAUCUGGAUAUGGAUACCCUGGGCCACCAGGCCCACCAGGGCCCCCUGGGCCUCCAGGACCUCCUGUUCCCAUUGAUAGACUCGGAGGAUAUGAUUACUCCAGGUAUUACGCUGUUAAAGGAGAGAAAGGAGAUCGGGGACCACCAGGUUUUGGAUCAAACAUUGACAUUUACAGUUUAAAGAAUGAGCUGAAAGGUGAAAGUGGCGUGAAAGGAGAGAAAGGAGAGCCAGGCGGAGGAUAUUAUGACCCCCGGUAUGGAGGAAGCGGAGUCGGAGCCCCGGGAGUGCCUGGACCUCCAGGCCCUAAAGGAGACUCCAUUAUUGGCCCACCAGGCCCUCAGGGGCCAUCUGGACCACCUGGAAGAGGGUAUGAUGGACCACCUGGACCACCAGGGCCACCUGGACCUCCAGGACCGUCACUGGAUGGAUCUUACAGAGGCACACAGACUAUCAGUAUACCUGGACCACCAGGACCUCCUGGACCUCCUGGACUGCCUGGUGUCACCUCUGGUGUGACAGUGUUGAGGUCUUAUGAAACAAUGACAGCUACAGCUAGAAGACAACCUGAGGGCUCUCUGGUGUACAUACUAGACCAAACAGAUCUCUACCUACGAGUCCGAGAUGGAGUUCGUCAAGUCCAGCUUGGGGAGUACAUCGCUUUCCCCAGGGAGGAUGUUAAUGAGGUUGCUGCUGUGGAGCCUCCGCCAGUUGUCCCUUACUUCCAAGACCACCAUUCCCACACGGGCACCUCCACCAACCACUUCAACCAGCCGCAUGAGAGUCCGGCCCAACCACAUGCUGAGCCUGAGUAUAAACCUACUUACGUCGAUCCCAGAUAUCAGCCUGAUUCGCGGUAUCAGUCAGAACCACGGUAUCCAGAAUUAACAGAUCCCAGAUUUCCAAGUUAUACAGACCGGUUAAACUCACCUGAUAACAGGUAUUAUGUUGUGGACACUCGUUACCCGAUCACCACUCCACGAAGACCACCCCCACAUCAACCCCAGAGUCCAGUCCACCAUCACACUUCUGGGCCAGUGCUCCACCUGAUUGCUUUGAACAGCCCUCAGACCGGCUCCAUGCGGGGCAUCCGCGGUGCAGACUUCCUGUGCUUCACCCAGGCUCAGGCCAUCGGGAUGAAGGGAACUUUCCGGGCCUUCCUGUCCUCCAGACUCCAGGAUCUCCACAGCAUCGUCCGCAAAACUGACAGACAGAAUUUAUCAGUAGUCAACUUGAAGGACGAGGUUCUGUUUGACAGCUGGGACGACAUCUUCAGCGGCGGCAGAAUGAAGGAAAACGUGUCAAUCUACUCGUUUGAUGGCAAGGACGUUCUUUACGACAACACAUGGCCAGAGAAGAUGGUCUGGCACGGAUCGACUAGCAGAGGCGAGCGGCACGUCGACAGCUUCUGCGAGACGUGGCGCGUGGGCGAACAGGCGCUGACCGGCAUGGCGUCGCCGCUGCAGAGUGGCAGUUUGCUGCAGCAGAGCUCCAGCAGCUGCUCCAGCUCCAACGUCGUGCUGUGCAUCGAGAACAGCGCUGGGCACUCCAGGAGAUAGACACGGACACAGUUUUUGUCCACACACACACACACACACGCGCACACACUAUGAUGUGCCUUUGUAAAUAUGAAUUUAAUAAAGAAUAAUAAGUGUAUGUAUGUUAACCCCUACUCUGUGGUGCUACACAGGAUUACCCACGCAAGUUAAGCUCAGGUGACCUACUGUAACUGUCUCUGGCAGCCAUGUUGGUGCAGCUUCUCUGUCAUUUCUUUUGCUGUUUGAAAGUUGCCAGCUAGCAGCGUCUCUAAUAAUCAUAACCACCGCUAGUUUAAGCAAGGUUGUGCACCACAGAAGAAGUAGACUGAUAAAUAUAUCAGUGAUAAGUGAAACAGAGAAAUCAGUUUUUAGAAAGAAUUCUGCUCUGUGACUUAAGUCCAUAUCUGGUCUUAUUCUGAAAGGACAGGCUGCUGUUAAACUGUCAUUUUUCAAUUUCUGUGACCCCCUUGGCAACUUUCAACACCCUGCAGCAGAGAACACAUCGUGACUAGUGUGACUGGAUCUAUCUCAGAGAGGUUAUACUGUACCACUAGAAACUAUGUCUGAACCACUGCAAUGUUUGUGUUUGUGUCUCUGGGCUGAGAAAAAGUGUUAAAAUGGUUUAAAUAAGGUUUUCUGUGCCUUUAACUACACAGCCAGUUUUUAUAUAGAGUGAAAAAUGGAUAUUAGACAUACAAAUUAUGAUAAUGUAAUGUUCAGUGUCCAAGAGCAAAGUAAACAUUGAUUAUUUUGUAUGUGAAAUGUGUGUUUUAAGCUUCUUUACACUGAUUUUAUCUGUAACCCACAGACUUUUACUUUGCUUCAAGGGAAGAUAUUUUCAAUUGUAUUUUUAGCCAUAACAGAGGGAUAUUUAUUUUUUUUCUAAACUAUGCUUUGCCUAUAAUUUGCGAUGUGAGUCCAGUACAUGUGCAAAGUAAGAAUGAGUUUGUUUGCAGUCACAGGAAGCAAACAAAUCACAUACAUCAUGCCGAGGAUUCAGCCAUAAAUCUGUCAUGUCAUGUGUUUUUGCUGGCUUUUUGCCCACUGCCAUCUCUAGUGGAGAGGAUUCAUCCUCUUCGUGUGCUAACAGAGCUGUAACGAAUGCAGUGAAAUGUGCAUUAACUGUUGUGCCUUCUGUCAUGUGAGCAACACGCUGAAAUGCUUCGUUUCUUUUAAUAAAUUUGUGUGGAAAAAAGUG